ACAACAUAGCUGACAUACUUUGUUGUCGACUUAUUUCGCUUUCGAAAUCGUAAAUCUAUGCUGAUCUUUCCAAAAAUUGUUGCCUUUCAACAGGAGAUAUAAUUUGUACCACAGAUUGAAUAUCUCGUGUCAUGGAUAGAGGUCGUUUUGGUGGAAGAGGAAGCCGUGGUGGUAGAGGAGGUAGAGGAGGCAGAGGAAGAGGUACAGCUCCAAACGCAGGAGAAGGUUCUUUCGGUGGAGAUCGACAUCAACAAAGACCACACAGGGGUAGGCAAAGAGGUCCACAUCUUGGUUAUCGAAAACUGAAAGAGAUAAGGUCUAUGGAACCAUCGGAGAUGGCAGUAGCCCUCCUACAGUGUCGCGACAGCUUUGAAUUGUUGGUAAACGCUGAUGUUAUCCAAGAAGAUUGGAUGACCCUGCUUGUGGAAAUCCUGGGCAAAAUGUGCAACACUAUGAUGAUCCAGAAUCUGAUCGAAGUGUUGUCUAUCUGCAAGGGAUCUGCCCUUAUGCACACUCAUUUGCCAAAUUACAUCUUAAGUCUCCCGUUUAUACAAGAGGAGAUGGAUUCAGGUCAAUUUUCUGUACUAGUGGAAUGCUUGAUAACUUUUUUCAAGGAAUGGCUUGCCAAACUCCCCAACUCCUGUUACGACGUUCCGAUCGAUAAACUCAGUGGAGCUCUAAACGAAUUUGAUUUGAAAGAGGUUGAAGACUACAAGAAAGAGGUGGAAACGCUUAUUCUUAAAAGACGCGAGCAAAUCGGAAAGGAGCGAAAAAUGGAACAAGCAACGAAAUGGCCGAAAGUUAAACAAGACGUGGAGCCACCCCCGCCAAAUGACUUUAGAGAAAUAUCCAUCUAUCCGAGUGAGACUGAAAUCAAUUCAGAGGAGAGGCCCUUUCUGCGACAAAACAAAACUGUUAAAAUGGCGAAGUACAAAGACCUAGAUGAUUACUUAGAUGUACAAUUUCGCCUUCUUCGCGAGGAUUUUGUCGCCCCGCUGCGCGAGGGAAUCAACGAAAUAAGGAAGAAGGUUCCGAAGAAAACUGGAUCGCAAGACUUGUACAUUUACGAAAAUGUCGAAAUUAUGACCACCGUUUGUACAAUGGCUGGAAUUGUUCAUAGAAUUCGUCUGGAGAUGAAGAACCUCAGAAAGAUACCAUGGGAGCAUUCAAAGCGUUUGCUGUAUGGUUCAUUCCUCUGCUUAUCAAAGGAUAAUUUUGAAACCAUGCUAUUUGCGACAGUAGCUAAUCGCAAACCAGAAGAACUCCGGACGGGAAGGCUGGACAUUCGGUUUUUCGACGGUCUCGAGGGUACACAUAGGAUGUAUGAUAAGUAUGUAAUGGUGGAAUCGCCAGCUUAUUUUGAAGCCUAUCGACCCAUUCUGCAACAGCUAAAGCAGAUUACCUCUGACACGUUUCCAUUUCAAGAGUACUUGGUCCAUUGUAACCCCGAUGUCAAGCCUCCUCAAUACCUCAAAUCCGAAAAACAAGUAUGGUACGACCUGAGGGAGACUCUCAGUGUGCACGAGGGUGCAGACAAAGUGGCCGUUUGCGAUUCUAAGACAUGGCCUGACGUCGAUGAUGUGAAACUCAACGAUUCUCAAUUUCAAGCGUUGAAGGGUGCCCUAACGGAAGAGUUCUCAGUCAUUCAAGGUCCUCCAGGCACAGGUAAGACAUACGUCGGUUUAAAGGUUGUGAGAGCACUUUUAGACAAUAGGCAUGCCUGGGACGAGGAGAAGAAGUCCACCAUGUUGAUGGUUUGUUACACAAACCACGCCCUGGACCAGUUUCUAGAAGGGGUACUAAAAUUUCAACAAACGGGAGUGAUAAGAGUUGGAGGUCGAAGUUCUUCAGAGUUACUUAAAGCCUACAACUUACAAGAACACACAAAGCCUUCCGACAGCAAGCGCUGGGUCAAGCAAGAAAUGUUUAAAUGUCAAGAGGCCAUACAAAGAGCACGUAACAGACUGGCGCGCAGUAAGCGAAACAUCCUCAGCCUGACAGACCUGCAAAGCUCUGUCGCCCAGAAACACCUCAACCAAUUUAAAGCAAAAGAGAGCAUUUUAAACUUGCAAGGAAAAUCAGUCCUUGAAAGCUGGCUUGGUCUGGAACAAAACACUGUGGCGAUGAGGAGUUCAUUGAAUGAGACUCAGACCGCUGAAUCCGUUGCCAAGCAAAGUAGUUCCAAUGAAGAAGCGAAGGAAGCAAUAGAAGGUAGCAUCGAAGUAGACAGAGAAGCUGAAAUUAUUCAAAACCAGCGCUUGCUUGGUGAGAAUCAGUUCCAACUCCUAAAAAUCCAGGACAACACUGGACAAGAGAAACAGUGCCCCACCAAUCUCUCGAGAGAUCAUUUGAAAGUUCUUGCAGGAGAAUCCAAGCUUCAACCCCUCACUGUGACCCAACUUUCCAAGAUUGAUGAUGUUUGGAUCCUCCCCUUCGAGGACCGCUGGAAGCUGUAUUUGUUUUGGCUCAGAUUGUUUCAAUCCAACUGUCAAGAGGAAAUUUCAAAGAAGAAUAAGCAGUACGAGAACAUCUGCAAACGCUUAACAGAGAUUAAAAUCCAAGGAGAACUGCACGCCUUGAAAGAUGCUGUAGUGAUUGGAAUGACCACAACUGGUGCAGCAAAGUACCGCGCCCUGCUGGAAGAGAUUAAACCGACACUAGUCGUCGUUGAAGAAGCAGCAGAAGUCCUCGAAGCUCAUAUCAUAACGUCCUUGACGAAGAACACCCAACAUUUGAUUUUAAUUGGUGAUCACCAGCAGCUGAGACCAAACCCGUCCGUAUACACUCUAGCGAAAAUUCAUCGCAGCACUUUGCGAGUAUUUUAUCCUACAAGGAUACGCACCACAUGAAAUAACGGUGUUGACCAUGUACUCUGGGCAAGUUAUUACCUUGCAAAGGACAAUGCCGAAAGAAAGAUUUCAGGGAGUCAGAGUCACGGCUGUUGAUAAUUUUCAAGGCGAAGAGAAUGAAAUUGUUCUGCUUUCCCUGGUAAGGUCUAACAACCAGAGAAAAAUUGGCUUUCUUGCAGUUAAGAAUCGGGUCUGCGUUACCCUGUCUCGAGCUCGGAAAGGUUUAUAUUGUAUUGGCAACUUCUCCUUGCUAGCUGAGAAAAAUGAACUUUGGAAGAGUAUUGCCCAAGAUAUGAAAGAUCGUAAUGCCAUAGGAGAAGCACUAGAGUUGGUUUGCAGUAACCACCCCGAUCGGAAAAUCCACGCAAGGGUUGCAGACGACUUCAAGUCAGCACCAGAGGGUGGAUGUAUGUUGCCUUGCACGUUUCGACUUCGCUGCGGCCACGGUUGCACAAGGGUAUGUCAUCCCGAUGACAGCGACCAUACCUUGUACAAAUGCCAGAAGGAUUGUCUAACCGAGGUCUGUUCGGAGCACCAAACUAAGUGCAAGAAAAAGUGCCACUACGGCGAGGGCUGCCUAUUGUGCCCCGAAGAAGUGGAAAAGGAGAUCCCCAAAUGUGGACAUCAACAGCUUGUGCCAUGUGGAAUGGCAGUGGAGGAAUUUAGGUGCCAGAGUAAGUGUUGGAACUUUCUGCCCUGUGGUCAUCUGUGUCCUGGAAAAUGCUGGGAGGAAUGUGCAUCUUUCCAGUGUGAGAGGAUUGUCAAGAAGGAAUUCGAUUGUGGUCAUGAAAUUGAAAAGUCUUGCUGGGAGGUUUCAGAAUAUGUUCGAUGCGAAGAGCCAUGUCAGGCAAAUUUGGACUGUGGUCAUCCCUGCGUCGGGAACUGCAGCGAAUGCAAUCAAGGAAGAAUGCACGUUCCCUGCAAGGCCGACUGUGAGAGAAGAAGGGUUUGCCUUCACCCCUGUAAAGAACCUUGCACAACGAACUGCCCACCAUGUCCUGAGAAAUGCGAGAAUCGGUGUUUCCACAGCCGAUGCCCUAGACAGUGUAUGGAAGCUUGCACACCGUGCAAGGAACGCUGUACCUGGGUUUGCCCCCACUUCAAAUGCAAGAAGCUUUGCGGUGAGAAAUGCAACCGUCCUCGGUGUAACGAACCAUGUAGGAAGAAACUUAAAUGCAACCACCCGUGCAUUGGUCUUUGUGGGGAACCUUGCCCAAAGAUGUGCAGAAUUUGCCAUAAAAACGAGGUUACCCAGUUGUACUUUGGAACUGAAGGAGAUAAAAAUGCCAGAUUCAUUGAGUUGUUAGACUGUGGACAUGUGGUUGAGGUUACAGCAAUGGAUUGUUGGAUGGACAAUGUCAGCGAAAGUGACGAUAUCAAGUUGAAAGAAUGCCCCAGAUGCCAGACUCCCAUCAGGAUUAGCUACCGGUAUGGUGACAUCGUUAAAGGAAAGUUGGCUGACAUCGAGAAGGUUAAGGCCCAAUUGAACCAGGAAGAGGAAAAAUAUCAGCAAUUGACCGAAAUUUUGAAAAGAGAAGCCUUUUCCCUUACACAAAAUUAUCCCGAUAUUCGUCGACGAAAAUCUCCAUCACUCAGUGAAGAGCAAACUUGCAAGCUCACGAGCUACGAUAUUUUGAAGGGUUGGCUGCAGCAAAGGAAAACUAUGGCCGAGCUGAGCACAAUUAAGAACCAGAUGAAAAUACUGAUCCAAAUAUACAAGAUAAGAGAGAGGGUGAAGACGAACCUUCUGAAGAAGACUCCUUAUGGAAUACUUACACCACCCAGUGCAAGCCACCCUGAUGAUAUGUUCUUACAAGCAGCAAGGGAUAUUGAUAAAACACUUAAUCAUUUGGAAGAAGAUCUAAUGAAGUUCCAAGUCUCCCAUCAGAGGCUGAGUGAUAUACGGGAUGAAGCCACAUGUGUGAGUUUGUCGCUGAACAUUCGAGUGCUAUUGUGCAAAAUCAAAGAGCGUUCCGUUACUCUCGCAUCUGACCAAGAAGAGUGGCUGAAGACACUUGGCAGGCAGCUGGACGCUGGCCAGAAGCUCAGGGAUGAAGCUUUCGUUGAGAUUGAGGAUACAAUAAACGAGAUCCGAGAACAAUGUGGUUUGGAAAGUCUGACUCCAGAAGAGCGAAUCGAAAUUUCCAGGCCAAUGAACUUCUCUCAAGGACUGUGGCACAGGUGUCCUAGUGGACAUCCCCAUAAUGUCUUAGGCGAAUGUCCAGAGUGCGGUACAACUGGGUGGGAUAAGCUAUUUUGAGAUUGGAUAAGGCAAUGUAUACUGUUUAGUCCAAGAACAAGCAGAUUUGUGAGCUUGAAGGACAAAGGCGUGUACUGUUUGAAAGAGAACAUUUCAGGAUCGUUUCCACAGGUUACAGUUAAAACAAAACUUUACAUUUUUCCAACAUUGAGACAUAAUCGAUGUGGUCAAUUUUACAAACUACAUCAUGAAAAUAACUCCCAUAGACCACUUUCGUAAAUGGCUGCCGGAUUAAUAUUCUUUUGUUUAAAUUUAAAUUAGUCCUUCAGGCCUCGUUCUCUCGUACAAAAUUCAAAAGAAUACAUUAUCUCAAGCGAGGCCAGAAGGGCUCAUUUAAAU